AUGGAUCCGAACGCGGGUCUUCAAGUAGCGCAGGUCAACAGUCCAAACACAGGUGAAUCUUUUGUUUCUGGAUACGAUCAUACCCACCGUGGCACCAACUUCUUGAACACUCCAAGCUAUAGCAUGGUCUCGACCAACAGCCCAGUGUUGACCAUGGGUCAUCUCGUCCAAACCACUCCAGUGGUCGGUAAAUCCACCUGCGUCAAUGACUCUUCAAUCUUCGCUCAUCCGAGCUCUGAUACAAAAUUUUCUAUGGGAGCGCCGGGUAAGGUCAAAUCAGAAAACGGUUACACGUACCGCAGUGCCAGACGAAAUCUCCGCGACAUGUCGUUUGGUCAGUUCUCAAGUCCUGGCACCAGUUACCCCAGCACGAAUCACAGCUCGCCAGUCAACCAAUUCUACGACUACCAGGAUUCCCCUCACCAUUCUGGUGACGUCACAGAGUACUCACACAACUACGAUCCGUCUUUUUAUUACAACAAAUACUACGACAAUGUGAACAGUUAUGACAGCUCUUUUGAAAGCGGGACCGGGAGCGAGGCUUUCUCAAGCCCUGCCGACGAAUCAGCAUCCUCCACCUACGACCAACUUUCAUACCCAUGCUUCGAUUAUACCAGAACAAUCCCCACAGACGACAAAUCCCAGAUUGGAAUCACCAACGCGACAAGUCCCGGGAACAAAAGCACCACCGAGCACAUGUUCAACGAAUCUUGGAGUAUCCCAAGCUCCGUGGAGGAUUCUGGAAACGGUGCCACUUUAGCGAAAUCCGAAACGUCGAGCGGAACGGAGAAUUCGGUCAACGAAGACGAAACAUCAGAUGAAGAUGGCGGAAUUUUAAUCGGAACUCCGGUGCUGUAUUCGGAUGGUACGGAUGCGGUUCCAGAGAAAGCUUCGACGCCAACAGCUCACACAUUUUUAUGCCAUAGUUGUGUGUGCGGUUCGGGAAGUUCCACUGAUAAUACUGGAUCCAAAACACAAGACACGAAGCCUAUACAUUUAUUGGAAUCACAAAACAGAGACUCCGAAUAUUCGGGAAGUGACAAAACUGAAGAAGGGACAGUCCAUGGUAGUUUCGAUGCUGAGAGAAAUGGCGUUAAAAGUCGGCGAGGUAAAGGAAAAAGGAGUUUGGAUGUAAACACGAAAAGUGGUCAAGGGUUAGCUGAUGUGGACAUUGUCCAGGUAAACACUCUGGAACUAGAACAAAAGGGCUCCCACCUGUGCCUGGGCUGCCAGAAGCCGGUCUUUGACCGCUACGUCCUGCACGUCAAGGACCACGGCUACUGGCACGCAGAGUGCCUCAAGUGCAGCAACUGUCAGGACAACCUCAGCACACACAAGAGCUGCUACGUCAAGAAUGAGCAGGUCUUUUGCAGGAACGAUUAUAACAUAUUGUUUGGCCUCUCAUGCGUGAAAUGUUCACUUCAGUUCAAGAAAGAACAGGACUGGAUGCGUGUGGCUGGUCAGCAUCGAUACCACAUUGCUUGCUUCCUUUGUAAGAUUUGCAAAAGACAACUUGGCAACAACGAGAAAUAUCACCUGGUCAAUGGGACGGAUAUCUACUGCACCAAUCACUACAGAGACAUGGUCAACGGCGAUAACUCAGACGGCCAGCAGCCGCCCAAGAAAGCCAAACGCAACAGGACGUCCUACACGGAGACCCAGAUCAAGUUCUUGCAGGAUAGAUUCCUGCGGGACAGCAACCCUGACGGUGGGGAGCUGGAGAAGAUCGCUAAACACAUCGGCCUCAAGAAGAGAGUCGUUCAGGUCUGGUUUCAAAACAAUCGAGCGCGCCUCAAGAAAUCUGCCAACAACACUAAGGGCGGUAAUCAGGAAAAUAAGAACCCCACCAACGGUAACGGAGUUGCAGGCCCUACUAGUUUACACGACCUUCAAUCGAUGGACUGGGACAACAGCCUUGACCCCAGCUCACUGGACGAGCAGCCGUACGCCACCCCGUCCCCCCAGCAGCAGGGCCGCCCCAACCACUUCGACUCCGGUUUUGGCAUGAGCACGCCCGUGGGAGGCCCGCUCAUGUGUCUACCCACAUGCCACAACUCCGCCGGUCCUUCGUCCCUGGGGGAGGGGGGUAGCCUGACCAACUGUGACACCCCACGGGAACAGAUGAGCCCACAGUUCUCCGACCUGGCGACCCCCUCAGCCCCACCCCACGAGACCCCAUCCGAGGACCUCACCCGCACCGGCAACCACGAGUGCCCCUCCACCAACGGCGUCUGCAGCUCAGAACUGGGCUCCGCGCCCCACCUCCCCGCCCUCAGGAGCUCUGUCCUGGGCGACAAGUACCCUGAGCCCAGCGGUCUGAAGAUCGAAUCCCUGGAGCACCAGCAGCUGCGGCGGAUGAUGACGUAUCACGAACAGCGGCAACAUCCACCGCUCCACCAUGUGGAUUCUCCGUACGGCCUGUACGGUGGAUACUACAACAUGUACAGUAACGGAUACGGAUCAAUGUAUCCACUUUCCGGCGAGCAUUGUUCCAGCCCGGAUUCGUUCCUGGGUCACCGAGACCCUCACCUCUCCCCGUACCACGGGAGCAGCCACGAGCAAUUGUUCACCGACAGCGCCCCCCGCCCCACGGCCAGAUCAAGCCCGCCCGCCUGCUUCACCCUCGCCCCCAACGGCCUGACCCAGCCCUCGCAGAACUGCCCUUCACCCCCGUGUCAUUUUUCUCAAGGUCAGGGCAGGGGUUCUGGAAUAACCAGCCCACACCUGUUCAGCCACGGUCAAGGUUACACCAGGGCAUCCUGUGCUAGUCCGUCUCUACCCGGUCGCUCCGGCCAGUUCGGUUUCCAGACCGGAAACGGAUUCCAGAGAAAUGGCGGGAAUUCGUUUUUCACAGACGGCGGUGAUUCCUCGUAACGUUGAUCAAACAAACAUAAAUAAUUUAAAGAGAGCUAAGCUAAUGGAACUAUUUCUCUACGUGAGUACUUAAAGACAAAUCAAAAGUUGGUUCAUGUUUUCGCAUUAACAGUUCUACUCGUAGACCCUAUAAAAAAGUGGGGGGUAGGUGGAUAUGAUUUGAUAAUAGAUCAACUACAAGUUUAUCCUGCAACAAAAGGGACCCGCCACAGACUUAAUAAAGGGAUGUAAUCGCAGGAACACGGAGAGUUCAAUUUUGACACAAUGGAAAGUUUUGAUUGGCCGAAGCAAGUUCUGCAGAGCAGGAUCUGAAAAACCAAAACAAUGAAUUCUGAUGUCUGUUUUUAUAAACUUUGGCAGACAUUUCAAUCAGACAUGUGAUGCCACAUCAGCUGAAUGGCAAUCCCACAUUGUAUUUUCUAACAUCAGCUGAAUAGCAAUCCCACACUGAAUAUUCCCACAACUGAAUAGCAAUCCCACACCGUAUUUUCCCACAACUGAAUGACAAUCCCACACCGUAUUUUUCUCCACAUAAAAUACUCUAACAAAAGAAACCUCUGGGAAGCUCUAAAGACUGCUUACAUUUGGUGUUCUGGUGAAAACCUACAUAUACUGUUUUAUUUAGUCUUGCUAUAGAAUCGUGAGUGAAUAUCUCUUGUGUAAGGAAGUUUCAUUUUUUUGUUUAUAAAUCUCAUUUUUAUAAAUUCCAUCCACUUUCUAAGUUUUAUAAAAAAAAUUGAACUUAAAAAAUUGAGGGUCGUCAUAAAGAAACAAACAAAAAAAAAAUUGAAAAGAAUAGACUACAUUGGAUUGCCAUACAAUUUUCUUAAAAAAUUAGUCCUCAAAACUUUUAAUAAAAAAAUCUAACAAUAGGGGUAACUGUACACCACACCAAAGAAACGUGCCACUAAACGUGACAGACCCGUAAAGUUUUGAAGAUCUUGAAUAUUCCCAGCAACACUAAAUUAGACCCAAAUAUACAUUAAACAUGGUCUCUGGUCAAAUCGUCCCCUCCCUCUCCUUUAUUCCGUCAGUAAAAUUUUGUCAGAUGCUUUAGUCUUUCCUUUUGUACAGCAAUUGUAAAAAUCAAUUUUAAUUAUCUUAAUUGUAAUUAGUAAUCAUUUACUCGUGAGUGUAUUAUCUUAAUUGUAAUUAGUAAUUAUUCUCUCGCGAGUGUGUGUGUGUGUGUGUGAAUGCUUUUUUAAAUUGUACAUUUUUCAAAAUCUUAUGUUUAUAUCUCAUAGACAAGUGAUACAUCUUUUUACUCAAUCUCAUUGUACAUAGAUCAUUUUACCGUAGUAGCUUUUAUAUCUACAUCCAUUUUACAUGUCCAUAUUGAUUCUAAAUGCUUUGGUCUGCAAAUUAAGCAAAUGUUGUUAAAAAUAGAAUGCUGUCAUAAAUCGCUUGUAAAUUUAUUCACGCACUAUGAGAAUUUCCUAACACACACCACGCAAUGUUACGUUUCGUGGAAGGGGAAAUUACCGAUUCUAAAAAUAGAUGAACGAGUUUCGUUUCUUAGAAAACUUGCAGGGCGUGUUGGUUGUGUAAAAAGUUGCGCAUCAGAGUGUGAAUAAAACAUGUCUCCACUACACACAAAUCAUCAAAUCAUCGUGUAACAGAUGCUAGCUUUGAGUGAUUUGAAACAAGCGAAGGUUAAAAAUUGUAUUUAGAAACAGUAAUUUAUUUACCGGUGUGAAAGUUUUGUGUAAAAUGUCAAAUAAUUUUAAUAUGUGUAUGAUCAUGAAAUGUCACACAUCAAUGGUAUGAAUGAUGUACGUAUAAAAUGCCAUUAAAGUUCUG